ACAUAAAUCAUAUUAACAACAAAAGAAAUAUCAGGUCAAUAUGCCUUUUCUAUUCAGCCCAGCCCAGCCAUCCAUUGACCAAUGUAUUCCAUUAUUAAAGCCAAAAUUAUCAGAGAUCAUAGUCCAUCUGACUUUCAUCCCUCCGUUUGCUUCAAAAGAAAACAAUAUUCAACAUUCCAUCGACAGACUAUCGAACAGGAUAGUCCGCGCCAGGCACUCCAAUGCAAGUAUUGAAGAAUCGAUAUCCAUGUCCCUGAAGAUAGUGCCAAGGAUACGCAAACUUCCUCCGUGGAAAUUUAUCAACAUCGAGCUAAAGUUUGGAGGUUCGGAAAAUGUGCCAACAGUUGAUGAGACCUUGAGAAACAUUUUAGAAGAAUUUGCCCGUGACCUUGGGAGUAUUGGAGGUUGCCCUGUGUCUAUCCGUACCUCCCCGUUCAUACCGGAUAGCACCUCUCGUGUUAGUGGUUUGGUUGAUGUAAGUCUUCCUUUGGCACAUCAAUGGAAUUACGUCUAGUAUAUCCAGAAUUUGGGAAUUUAAACUAAUGCUGCAUUGUUAGCACGAUGAACUACUGCAUUACAUCCCCAGCACUUGCACGAUCAACUUGUGUUUGUCUCGACAACUAGACAAUGCAGAAAAAUCAAAUUCAAAUGCCGUUUCAUCUAGAAGCACGGAGGCAGAGAUUGCACGACUUAUUUCAAUCGGUCUUAACCUAAGUGGUGUAAAGUUACGUGAAGAUUUGCUUCAAUCAUUAUCACCAUGCGAACACCCCAAAUUGGAUUCUACAUCUGAUGAUUCAUCCUUUUUAAAAUGUCUUCCUACCCACCUACGCGGGGGAGUAAGGAAGCAGUACAGACCUUGCUUACGAAGAAUCAAGAAGAGAAACCUACAUGAUCAUUCCCACAGCGACAUAGAUCUUGGUUAUGGUGGAUCUCACUUUUCUGCGCAACCGUUUCCUAAGUAUGAUCCAAAUGUGGAUUUAACAUAUCUAUUUGAGACGGAUGGCAUUUAUCGUGUUGGUACAUAUAUCAGCCCGACGGUGAUUACAAAAAGACGCGAGAUGCUGAGUAAAGUCUCAGGGUUGGUAUCUGCGAAGGCAAUCCACAACACUCGAUGUUAUAACUCCUGUGCCGAAUCAAACGUCGAGCUCAUUUCUGAACAACUGAUUCAUAGCAGCCGAAGCAAUAAUUCCAUUAUCGAAUUCAAUCCGAGGUAUCAUUGUGACACUGUGAGCCAGCCUUAUGUCAGUCUUGGUCUUGGAUGUUCAGGUCUCGGUACUGAUUCAAGUUAUAUGCGUUUAAGAGGAGGGGUUGGAGAUACAGAUGGUAAUAGCCCGGACCCAAUCAAUUCAACAUCAGCACCAUCAAGGCGUACUCGCAUACGCGACCAAUUUCGUGCUAUGUUGAAUAAGAAUCCCCUGAAAUUCAUAUUAGGGAAGUUUUCUUGCAAGAAACCAACGCAAACCCCACAAGAACGAGGUUAUAUUGAGCUCGAAGAAGUUCACAGCCGUGAAGAGCUUGAAGAGAAAUUUGAGAGAGAAGUGAGAGAAAAGGGCAUAUCGCAUGAUAGUCCUUCAAAACAAGAUGAUUAUCAGAGAGCAAUGAACGAAUAUAAUCUGUUCUUGGAGCAGAUAAUUGAGAUAAAAACGUCGUUGCGCGAGAUUGAAGAGCUUCUCCCUGAAGACUGCGAUGAAGUACGGAAAUACAGAAGUAUCCGCAAAGAUGCAAUAGCACUAGAAAACUUUGAUAAAAGAAUGGCGCAGAUAGAUCGACAGAAAGACGGCCCCCUCGAUAUGAAGAGCAGACUCAAGUUUAUAAACCGCGCUUGUAAAGAGGCAAAUGUUGUGAAGGGAAUCUUCCACAAAAGAAGAGAUCUAGCGCGAAUUGCCUGGAGAAAUUUGCUUUAUUCCGAUUCUGACUCAACCACUCCACUAUUGCGCGGAGGGGCAGGACCACCGAAAAGAUUCCAGCGAAGGUAUAGGAUGGGUAUACAGGAAUUCGCUAAAUUUCAGUCGGAGAAUGAGCCAAUUGCAGGACCUGCUCCUACUUCGAGCCAAAUAGUCGGAUCGGAGACUCCUACGCAAACAGCAGAAGCUCUGGAGCCUACACAGACAGUCGAAUCUCCGACUUCAACCGAAAUAGCGGAAGCUCCGACUCCUACGCAGACAGUCGAAGGCCCAAUUCCUACGCAAACAACGGAAACCCUGACGCCCACAGAAACAGUCGAACCUCCGACCUUUACACAAGCAGCUGAACCUUUGAAUCAUACGCAAAUAGUCGAACCUGGGACUCCUAUGCAAGCGCAAGAAUCUCUGGCUUCUAACCAAGCAGUUGUAUCGCCAAAUCCUACCCAAACAAUCUUAAUGUCAAAUCCUACGCAAGCGGUAGAAUCUGUGACUCCUGGCCAAAAAGGUGUAUCCCAGAAUCCUACGCAAAUAGUUGAACCUCCACCUGCACGUCCAGCACUUCAAACUCACCAACAGCAUGAUUCAAUAGACAGUGGUGUUGGUGGCUUAAAGGACACUGGAAGUCAACAAAAAGAUGAAGCUACACAAGAUGAAGCCGCAAAAGAUGAGCCUGCACAAGAUGGAAAUCCUGUCCCAGCCUAUGAGUCUUCAGAAUCUCAAAAUCGAUACACAGUGGAGGUUGCAGAAGCUACAGAGAGCUCAGAUGAAGACAACGUUGAGCAGUCUAACACUCUCGGAAAUUCAAAUAAUAUCGUGAAGUUAAAUGAUUCCGAAGAAUUAGAUAGCGUCGAGGACUCGGACGAUUUCGAAGAGCCAAAAAGUUUGGAGGGACCCAAAAGUGUCAACGAGACUGGCAAUGCAGGAAGUGAAACUGGCACUUUAGAAAGUUCAGAACCUGAAGAGCUGGAAAGAUUUGCUAGACAACGACUUGAAAGGGCACGGGAACAACUUGAGAGGCAAACGCGAUUAAAAGACGAAAUUGGCGAUAUAGCAGCCGAAUUUUUUGAUCUCGUAAAUGAGAUUGCAUUCAAACGCCACGCUAUUUUAGACGGGGAUCCUCUUACAAAAGCCGGUUUUGAAUCGCGGAUUAUCGAUGACGAUGUGGCGGCUAUAACCAGAUAUAUAAAGUGUAAAUGGGAAAUUUCACGUAUCCUUGAUGAAGAGACUUUGUAUUCGUAUCAAGUUACACGUGCAGAGAAUUGUGUUAUAGGGGCAAGAUGCGUGAAGCAUAUAAUGGAUAAUUGGUACGCCGCGGUAGUUGAACGGCGAGAAAACUCUACGUUUGAGCCUGCAACAACAGGAAGUUUGGGAAUCCUGGAUAAUUGGGAAUACGUCCCAGCUUUACCGGAGACUUGGUCUAGCCCUACGCUAAGAAGAAGAUCCUCAGUGGGAGUGGCUUCUGCUUCAACUCCGCAAUCUAAAGCCGUGGAGAAAAAGCCUGGUGAGUCUUCAAAAAGCAGCGCUCGUCGCCCGUUUCGAAAAUCGUACCCCGCGGUUGAAGAACGUGGUGAAUCUUCAAAAAGUAAUAGUCCUGUCGACAAUUCGAAUAUCACAGCACAGAUAAACGAAUUGGAGGCUAAGAACGGAAUUGAGGUGACUAGCGUCUCAAGACGUAGUUCAAAAGACCAUAGUAUUAAUGAGCGCGGUGCAAAAAUCACGUCUCUGAGAGAGAACAUCGAGGAAGAAGAUUAUCAGCCGCAGAUUGAGGAAGAGUGUAUAGAGACACUUACGGUUCUGGGGGCUACGCGUGCCGAAGCUAUUAAUAUAUUGAUAGCUACUGAAGGAGACGUUCAACGCGCGGCUAAUAUCUUCUACGAGGAAGAUCCCUUGGUGAAUGAUGAUGCGUAUGAUUUGUUGGAGGAUGCCGAGGCUGAUAUAAAUGGACUGGUGGCAUCGAUGGGAGUAUCGCCCCGCAAAGCUUUUAUUGCGUUGCUGCUUUCCGAGGAUGAUGUUGGAAAGGCUGUACUUCAUUUAUCGGCUGAUUUUACUUAUGAUGCGGAUGAUGAGGUUACUGAGGCGGCUAAUGAUGAUAAGGUUGUUGGUAGUGGUGGUAAAAAGGGAAAGGAAGUAUAGUCUUGUGAAGCAUUAGCGGGAACGUUGACCUUAUCAUGUAAAUAGCGGUUUAGGGAAUAAUCGAA